AUGAAAGAAUGUUGUUAAUAAACCCAUUAACCUGUCUCGAUCUCAUUCCUUAGGGUCAAGUCACGGUCGACCAAAAAGCCUCUUUCAUUCAAUAUUACUUUUCACCGGAUUUGGGCUCUCCGGCGACGGAGGAAAAGCUCCAUCUCCAAGCAAAACAAGGAACUUAUAGCUGAGAAACAAGACAAGUGACAAGGGUGAUUGAAAACCUGAAGGAAUCAGAUGGGAAGCAGCAACAGAAGCGGAGAACCAAAAAAACAAAUGGCAGAACUGAGCAAAAACCUUAAAGAAGGCGAGAGGAUUCUGGAGCCUACACGUAGACCUGAUGGUACUUAUCGGAAACCCAUCCGGAUUCGAGCUGGUUAUACUCCACAAGAUGAAGUUGAAGUUUACCAGUCCAAAGGUACUCUGAUGAAGAAGGGAAUGGUCUCACAAAUACCUCCAGGUUAUGAACCUGAUCCAACUCCUAAACCAAAGACGAAAUCUGCUAGAAGGAACGAACGUAAGAAAGAGAAGAAAUUACAGGCUACUGCAGAAAAAGGUAACAGCUCUGAGGAUGGAUCAGCUAGUAAUGUAGACAAGGAAGAAGCUGUUUCCAUUGUGACUCCAAGCAAUGGAUCCCAAUCUGUGAAUGUAUUGGUUUCUGGUUUGGAUGCUUUGCACGUUUCUUCAAAUAAUGAUGUAUCCUCUCGUACUUCGGACCUUGGACAAGCACCCAAUCCUGGAACUGCAGGAGAAAACACUGAGAAAAGAAUACGUGCACUAAAGAAGAAAAUCCGACUCACAGAAGCUCAACAGCAGAAGACUGCUCCCCGAGACCUAACGCCCGAGCAACUGGAGAAAUUCUCUAAGUUGGAGGAAUGGAAAGAAGAACUCAAGGCUUUGGAGGAUAAGGAGACUUAGCUUUCUGCAGCAUCAACGAGUUGUCUAGCUUUUAGAUAGGUUUUAGCUUUUCUCGUGAAAUUGCUGGAGCCAAUCCGAAUUUGUAUUAGUGAAAAGGAGGCUGUUUUAAGCUUUUGCCAGAAAUCUGGGCUAAUGAACUUGGCGCAACGCCUAAGUUCUCAUGGGAAUUGAUGCCACUUUGUGUUGUGUUUGUGUUUGGUCCUCAACUUUGUGUUGUGACAGAACGUUGCAGUAGCUAACAUCAAUCAAUCAAUCACUUAGUAGUUUGAAGUA